AUGCGCCUACUCAACACCUCUACUUUAAAUCUCCACUACUUUGGUGACGAUAUACCGCUUUAUGUGAUUCUCUCCCAUGUUUGGGGAAGAGGCGAAGUCACCUUCGAUGAUAUCGACAAGUCGCAUGCGAAGGGCAUGCUCGGUUACAAAAAGAUCGCGGAGUGCUGCGACAAAGCUGUUCAAGAUGGGUUCGAAUGGGUCUGGAUCGAUACCUGCUGCAUAGACAAGAAGAGUUCAGCGGAGCUUUCGGAGGCUAUCAAUUCGAUGUACAGAUGGUACUGGCAAGCGGAGAUAUGCUAUGCUUAUCUUAAGGAUGUAGCCGAGGACGAGGAUUAUGUAGACGAAAAGUCCAAGUUUCAAACAUCGCGCUGGUUUCAAAGAGGCUGGACGCUUCAAGAAUUGCUGGCCCCAACAGUAGUCGAGUUCUAUGGCCGAUCGUGGGGGCUCCUAGGAACAAAGUCAAGUCUUCUGGAUGCCGUCCAUGCAGCGACGAAAAUCGAAAAGAAGUACCUUGUUGAUCGAGAUCUGAUCAAGAACGCGAGCGUAGCAACGAAGUUCAGUUGGGCCUCGCUAAGACGGACAACCCGCACUGAAGACAUGGCGUAUUGCUUGUUGGGACUUGUGCAUGUCAACAUGCCCAUGCUAUAUGGGGAAGGAGAACGCGCCUUUUUCCGCCUGCAGCUGGAAAUCAUCAAACAGACUAACGAGCAUACAAUAUUUGCCUGGAAUCCCAACACAGGAGACAGCCGGCCAUCACUAGGUGUACUUGCGCCGUCGCCCACCUUUUUUAAACUUUCCACACAGAUCUCUUCUCAUGACUGGAAAAAAACACCGAGUUCCACGUACGAAAUGACAAAUAGAGGGUUGCGAAUGAAAUUA